AUGGCAGCAGCAGUUGCCUCGAACGGCGACGUUCAGCAGAUCACAAAAGACUUGCAGGCGGUCAGCAUCGACUACGACAACCUCAACCCUCUCAGUCCCGAAGUCAUCUCCAAGCAGGCCACCAUCAACAUCGGCACCAUCGGUCAUGUAGCGCACGGAAAGUCGACAGUCGUAAAAGCCAUCUCGGGCGUCCAGACGGUUCGUUUCAAGAACGAGCUGGUCCGUAACAUCACCAUCAAGCUCGGUUACGCCAACGCAAAGAUCUACAAGUGCGAGCGCGAAGAGUGCCCGCGUCCGCAGUGCUACAAGUCAUAUCCCUCCGACAAGGAGCCUCACCCGGACUGCGAGGUGCCCGGUUGCGGCGGCAAGAUGAACCUGCUUCGUCACGUCUCGUUCGUCGAUUGCCCUGGUCACGACAUUCUCAUGGCUACCAUGUUGAACGGUGCUGCGGUCAUGGACGCUGCGUUGCUCUUGAUCGCCGGUAACGAGUCGUGUCCCCAGCCUCAGACUUCCGAGCACUUGGCUGCUGUCGAGAUCAUGAAGCUUCAGCACAUCAUCAUCCUGCAGAACAAGGUCGACUUGAUCCGAGAACAGGCGGCGGAGGAGCACUGGAAAUCCAUCAUCAACUUUGUCAAGGGAACCGUAGCCGACGGCGCACCCAUCGUUCCCAUCUCGGCCCAGCUCAAGUACAACAUCGACGCUGUCAACGAAUACAUUGUCAAGCGCGUCCCCGUCCCCGUUCGUGAUUUCACCUCUCCACCACGUCUCAUCGUCAUCCGAUCGUUCGACGUCAACAAGCCCGGUGCCGAAGUCAACGAGCUGCGAGGUGGUGUUGCCGGAGGAUCCAUCUUGUCCGGUGUGCUCAAGAUCGGUCAGGAGAUCGAGGUUCGUCCUGGUAUCGUCACCAAGGACAACGAGGGUAAGAUCCACUGCAAGCCCAUCUUCUCCAGGGUCGAAUCCUUGCUCGCCGAACACAACGAUUUGCAAUUCGCCGUUCCCGGUGGAUUGAUCGGUGUAGGAACCAAGAUCGACCCCACCCUGUGCCGUGCCGAUCGACUCGUCGGUCAGGUCCUCGGUGCUGUAGGACAGCUGCCUGCCAUCUACACCGAGUUGGAGAUCAACUACUUCCUGCUCCGUCGUCUCCUCGGUGUCAAGUCGGACGACAAGAAGCAGACCAAAGUCCAGAAGCUGGCAAAGAACGAGGUGCUCAUGGUCAACAUCGGUUCCACCUCCACCGGCGGUAGGGUCAUGAGCGUCAAGGCCGAUCUCGCAAAGAUCUUCCUAACCAGCCCAGCGUGUACCGAGGUCGGCGAGAAGAUCGCCCUGUCGAGGAGAAUCGACAAGCAUUGGCGUCUGGUCGGUUGGGGUACCGUGCGUCGUGGAACCACGUUGGAACCCGAGACCAACUAG